GAUGUAGGCCUGGGAGGUGAGGGGACUCUACUCCACUGGGUGAUAAUGUAAUCUUCCAGACCCCUAUACCUACACUUGGGGUUUCUCCUUCAUGGCUUUCCUCACUUAUCCCAUACCCUCAGGGAGUGUGUAUUUCUGUAUUGGAGGAAGGAUGUUUCCCUCUGUGUACCUACAUGUCAGGGAUUGGUGCAUUUCUGUCCAAAUCAAGCGUCUUUUAUAUGGGUAUCUAAUGAGUCCCUGGGUGUGGUGGCGUGAGGAGUUAGAAAGCUCAGAAAUGGAAAAUAUUUAACGACCAGAGUAGCAAAUGAAUACAGCUUGCCCAUUUGCAUUUUCCCUUUCACUCUGACUCAUCUUCCCCUCUCCCCACACUAUUAUUGCCCCUCCACUAGCCCCACCCAUUGGCACACCCUGUCUGAUCUAGGAGGGAUUAACAUCCGUUUGCACCCAAGCUAGAAUGAGAGAUAGAGGGAAGGCAUAUUAGGUCUGGAGAGAGAGUAGAAGGAUGGUCUGAACAUUCGGGGGUCCUGGAGCCAAAAGGUGAAACAGGAGUUUUAGAGACAUAAUAUUUGAGUCUAGGAGGGGACCAGAAUCUAAGAGAGAAGCCGAGGGGGAACCAGACUGUGUCUUGUCACCAGAGCAGCCCACCAGUGCCUGACUCGUUAACCUUCCAGUUAUUUAUUAGGCACAUAUCAUAAGCGAUUUAGCAGCACUUGUUCUGUGAAUGAAAAUUCUAUCACAGGACGAGGAAUAAUGAAAUAGUAAGAAACAGAGAAAGAAAUUUGAGUCUCUCAGAGCUCAUCUUUUCCCCAGGUUAAGGAGUGCUAAAGUGUGAAAAGAGGGGAAAUCUCUGAGGAACUUCACCCCCUGGGCAGGAAGUCAAAGAAACCUCGGAGUCCUGAUUUCAGAGAAAUGUCAUUUGUCAUCAACCCAAGAAAAGGAGUUUUUCUCUUCGAAGACCACCACAGGCCCUUCCUGGGGUUGCCCCCAUCAGAGCCUGAUGGGAGGAUCUGAGUCACUCACACACCCAGUCCCCAGUGAUGUCCCAGAUGACAGGGGUCAUUCCCACAGAGCAGUUGAGGCUUCCUAGUACCAAGUCAGAGAGAGGGAGGAGGAGGCAUGCUUUUGGCCCUCCUUCACUCUCUCCUUAGAAUGCAGAUGUUUCAGUCCUUUUUACUUUUGAGGUAGUAGAAAGAGCUUCCAGCUGCUAGAGAUCUACUGACACCUCUAAGAAACAGAACUAAUACUAUUUGAAUGAUGCUAUGUACCGAGAAACCACUUUCACAUACAUCAUGUCAUUUCAUCUUCACCCCACCUCCAAAUGAGGUAAGCAGAGGUUAUCCCUAUUUCAUGGAUGAGUUAACUGAGGCUCAGAGAGGUGACUUGCCCAAGGUGACUCAACUAGUAAAUGGCAGAGAUGAGACUCAAACGCAGGUCUGAUUAUCCCAAAGUUCUUAUUGCUUUAGGUACACUUCUUUGACUAGGGGUUCACAAAUGAAAUGAGACAGGAGGUUAGGAGGCAGAAUGCCAGGGCUCUGGAGGGGAGAGUGGUCUCUCCUGGAGGAGUGAAGCACAGCCAGGGGUAUAAAACCACACCCCUUGGAGGACUGUGGCAGACUGAUACUUGGGACACCCAAUGGAUGACUGUGAGGUCAGGGGCGGGGCUAGCUCCAGGGUGGGGGUGCCCAGGAGCCCCAACAGCAGUUCAGAGCAUGCGGUGUCCAGGAGGAAGCUACAACCGGCUUGAGAAUAUGCUGUUCCUGCCUCCCCUUUUCACCAUGGACCCCACAGUGUGGCCCUUCUCUCAGAACCUCUGAGAUUGGUACCCAGGCAAGGCACAAUGCCCACGUCCCCAACAAGACUGCCUAGUCCCUAUGGCUCUGAUCGGCUGGUACGGCUAGCAGCCAGGCUCCGGCCAGCACUAUGUGAUACCCUGAUCACAGUGGGGAGCCAGGAGUUCCCUGCCCACAGCCUGGUGCUGGCAGGUGUGAGCCAGCAACUGGGUCGCAGGGGUCGCUGGGCUCUGGUGAAAGGCAUCAGCCCUUCCACCUUUGCCCAACUUCUGCACUUUGUUUAUGGGGAGAGCCUAGAGCUGCAACCUGGGGAACUGGGGCCCCUUGAGGAGGCAGCCAGAGAGUUAGGGGUACAGUCCCUGGAAGAGGCAUGCAUGAGGGCUCGAAGAGAUACGGCCAGAGAAGAGCUGGGUCCAGGGCUGAAGGAACAACAGGAGGAGCCAGAGAAACCCACAAGGGAUUCUAUGAGAGGAGUGCGGGGCUUUGGAGAGAAGCAGAGACCACAGAAGUUUGUUAGAGCUGGUGGGAAAGAACAGGAGACGUUGCACAGGCACAGGCCACCAAGAGAGAGCCCUGAGAUGGCAGAGGCAACUCUGGAGGAGCAAGGGGAGCAGAUGAGACCAGAGGAGAAACUCAACCAAUCCCCUGUUGGCCGCGGAGGAGUAGAUGGGAAGCAAGAAGUGAUCAUGUGGGUGAGGGACAGUCCAGGGGGCUCUGAGGAAAGUCUGCGGGAGUUCCCUGGCCCCCUUCCCCCACCAGGUUCCCUCCAAACCGGCAUCACCCCUAGGCCCUGGUGGGCUGAGGCCCCUUGGUUGGGGGAGGGCCAGCCUGCCCUGUGGAGCAUCCUGCUGUUGCCGCCCAGAUAUGGCACUCCCUUCUCCCAUAGCACCCCCAUGACUGCAGCCCAGCAGGAGGUCUGGCCUCGGGACCAGAGAAAGGAAUUGGCCAGGAUCCCAGGUGUAGCCGAAGCUGUAACUCUUCCCCAUCCCACUCCCAGGAUCCCACUGUCCCUGAGCCUCCACAAAGGCCUCUGGAGCCAGAACCAGUUGGCCUCCUGCAGCCCCACCCCAGGUUCCCUCCCCCAGGGCCCCACACAGCUCAGCCCUGGGGAGAUGGAAGAGUCUGAUCAGAGGCACACAGGUGAACUUGCAACCUGUGUGGGUCAUGUGGGCACAGCAAGCCACCCAUCUCACCAACACCCUCCCCCACCCCCUCCUGCUCGGUCUCGGCCCUAUUCUUGUUCUGUCUGUGGAAAGAGGUUUUCACUCAAACAUCAGAUGGAGACGCACUACCGUGUCCACACAGGAGAGAAGCCCUUCUCCUGUAGCCUCUGUCCCCAGCGCUCCCGGGACUUCUCAGCCAUGACCAAGCACCUGCGGACGCAUGGGGCCGCACCCUACCGCUGCCCUCUGUGCCAGGCCGGCUGCCCCAGCCUGGCUUCCAUGCAGACGCACAUGCGCGGCCACUCGCCCAGCCAGCUCCCGCCGGGAUGGACCAUUCGCUCCACCUUCCUCUACUCCUCCUCCUCCUCCUCGAGGCCAUCUCGGGCCUCGACCUCUCCUUGUAGGCCUCCUUCCUCAACCACCUGACAGGGUGUCAGUAGCUUCUUUGGCUUCAGCCAAGCGUACAGAAUGAAAGAUGGGCCGGCGGGCCUGCUAGGCUUCUGACCUCGCACCGCGGCUACGGCCGCCUAGCAAACUCUGCUCCAAGAAGCGUCGCAGCAAGGGCGCCAAGAGCCCUCUCCCAGAUGACCGCGGGCCACAGAAACCUGGGCCAGCGAGCCCGUGUGGGGUGAGGGCAGUGAAGUGUGCACGAGUGAAGGUUAACUGUGCGGGGACUGGCGGUUCAUCACCAAAAUAAAGAGUUUCCUGUGCCCUCCUCUCGGGACCAGAAAGCCGAGUCCGGACUUUAGCCUGCGGGCGGGGGACAGCCUUGCCCCUAGUCCUGUAGCGGCCCCUGGUGGUUCAUCGCGGCGGCCACCUCCUCCGUCUCCCGGGGCUCCCUCUCCUCCCCCAGAGGCAGAGGGCCGCGAGGACUCGGCGUCCAGGCCGACUUAGCAGCAAGCCCUGUGUGGGGAGGCUGUCAGAACCCAAGUUACCCGUCCCUUCCACAGCAAGCAACUGCGCGCGGAGUCUGAGUCUGGGCCUCCAGCCGGGGGCUCGAGAGGAACGCGUGCUCCGCCCUGCUUUCGGCCACCCUCCUCCUUUCCUAGCACAAGAGCCGAAAGGCCGCAGCCUCUCCAGCAUCCUCCCUCCAGGCUGUACGAAACGGCUGCCGGGUUUAGCUCCGAACUGAGACUAAUCUUUUGCCGCCGCCCCUUACCCAGCCCACGCCUCCUGCGGUACCGAACUUCAUUUUCCAGUGUCUCUGGUGUUCCCAGGGUCCGAGGCCCACCGCACUCUGGGAGUGGUAGUUCACACGGGCCGCUGGCCUCGACAAGAACAAUGGGAGGAGUCUGGGUCAAGAACCACAACUCCCGGUGGCCCCGGAGAUCGCUUUCUGGGUCGGGUCAGGACCCCAUGGUCCCAGCUCUCGCGGCCCUAGCUCGCCAGGAAGGAGCGAGGCGCUCGAACUACAUUUCCCAGAGGGCCCUGCGCCUCAUCCUCUCCCGCCGCGA